CAUGUUCUUACCCAUAUUCACCGCCACCAGCGUCUUCAAGCCCGAUAUCAAUCAGAGGCAAGCUCACAUGCAAGGGUUGAAAGAGAUGAUACGUCUCAGGGGAGGAGUCCACGGGCUAGGCUCUUUCAAACCACUGCAACACUUAUUAAUCAGACAUUCUGUUCCAAGAGCCGCUAUAUCAUUUCAAAAAGCCAAGCUUCUGCCGCCGGACUUAAUUGGUCAGCUGUUUCAUAACUAUCCCAAGUCUUCCAGAUUCUACGGCGAGCCCGGGCCUAUGUGGCAACAAAGUAGUCGCAUUGGCGUAGACAGCAAGCUGCUGGACCUGAUCCGCACCGUGGAGUGUCUUUUGCAGGAUACUCGUGCCUGGUUUGAAGCACCAGAUACUAGUCCUUUCGACACCAUCGACCUAAACACCAUAUACUCAAUGAUAAUUAGCAUGUGUGUCCGCUGGUACCUGACAACCGAAAGCGAAGGCCGUCUGAAGUCCGUCGACGCUAUUCUUGGGCUCUGUUUAAUGCAAUUUACAGCAUUCUUGUGUCGCUCUACAUGUCCCGCUAGAUAUAGCGGACCCAUUUCUGUCCUUGAGCGACUGAAUGAGCACUUGUUCUAUCAUUACCACGAAAAUAUGGCGGUUUUACACGCUGCAAAUCUGGACGUCUGGGUAGGGAUACUCAUCGUUCUAAGCUCAGAUGGCAUAUCCGGAUACCAGGAAAUCUUUUGGAACAUUUACAUGGAGAUAAUUGCCAAGAAUCGCGCGGUAUUGGGAAGCUUUGGGGACCUUCAGACAAUUUUAACGACCCACUGUCUUUGGAGUCCUUAUCCAAUGGACAUUCACGCAAAGAAUAUCUGGGACGAGACGCCAAUAGAUUUGGAGACACAGAAUGUUAACUCACCGGAACCAGCAAUCACGAGAACACGGAUCCAGAGAACAAUUAGACUGGCCGCGGCAUUGGUAUCCUCAAAUCCAUACCUCGGUGGGUAUCCCAUAGGGCACACACCAAUGGAGAAUGAGUAAUUGAUGUAUAGCUUUUGAACUAGUAAUCUAAGCAGUAUAGAUGUAAAUCUA